GGAAAGAGGAGAAAAAAGCAAACCAUUAGGGGAUGGAGAAGAAGCUCCGCCUCUCCAUCAACUGACAUUCUCAUAAGCUCCUUUUAAUCCUCCGUCUUUCGGAAGUUAAUUUUUCUUUUUUUUUGUGACGGCUUCAAAUUGAAUUGGGAGGUAAUAAUCAGAGGAUCAGAAACCAUGUCGGACGCAUUGAUAAAUGGAUUGGCGGGAGCUGGGGGUGGGAUCAUUGCUCAACUCCUCACUUACCCUCUCCAAACUGUAAAUACGCGGCAACAGACGGAGAGGGAUCUCAAGAGGGAGCAGAAGAAGAAGAAACUUGGAACUUUCCAACUCAUGUGCCAGGUUGUGAAACAAGAAGGAUGGGGGCGUUUAUAUGGUGGAUUGGCGCCGUCUGUGGUUGGAACUGCAGCGUCACAGGGUGUGUACUACUACUUCUACCAAGUUUUUAGGAAUCAAGUUGAAGCUGCAGCUCUUCGACAAAAGAAGAAUGGGUUUGGUGAUGGAUCUGUUGGCAUGUUUUCUUCACUCCUAGUUGCUGCCUUAGCCGGAUCAGUUAAUGUUCUUAUGACGAAUCCUAUUUGGGUGAUUGUUACACGCAUGCAGACCCAUAGAAAAAUGCCAAAAGGUCUACAGACGGUCCCUGAGCCACCUUCUGCUGAUGUAGAAGCUCUGGUUCCUGUUGAGCCUCGUCCCUAUGGAACCUUUAAUACGAUUCGAGAAAUUUACGAUGAAGCUGGAGUGACUGGCUUCUGGAAAGGUGUAAUUCCGACACUGAUCAUGGUUUGUAAUCCAGCAAUGCAAUUUAUGUUGUACGAGACAAUGUUAUCAAAGCUGAAGAAGAAACGAGCCUUGAAGGGUAGCAACAACGUUACGGCUUUGGAGACAUUUCUUCUUGGAGCUGUAGCUAAACUCGGAGCUACAGUCACAACUUACCCUCUCUUGGUUGUAAAGUCACGACUUCAAGCCAAACAGGUCACUACAGGAGACAAAAGACAACACUAUAAGGGAACGUUGGAUGCGAUUCUGAAGAUGAUAAGAUAUGAGGGGCUGCACGGGUUUUACAAAGGGAUGAGCACAAAGAUUGUUCAGAGCGUUUUCGCUGCUGCGGUGCUGUUCAUGAUCAAGGAAGAGCUUGUCAAGGGUGCUAAGCUUUUGCUCUCAAACGCCACUUCUAGCAGUGUCAAAUCCAAGCCUUCUUGAGGAUUUUGGAAAUAAGAAAGAGGCUGAAUUAAAUUUCCAAUAAUUUCUUCAUUAGUUACAGUUAUCACACACUGCUGGAAUGUCAUGUUCCUGAUUAUUGUAUUUCCUGCAAGAAUAUUGGUUUGGCCGGUUCUGUAUCUUAAUUUUUUAUUUGGCUUACCAAAUAAUUAAAAUUUAAUCCUCAGCAUUUAAGAUGCAGACUUUAAAAGUAGUCAAAUACAUGAUGA